AGACGCGUUUCCUCCGCUGAACGGCUGUAAUGACGAAAGUCCUCGUAACCUAAACACAAUCCAAAGCUAUUUGGAUUUUGAUGUUAUUUUGGACUCAGCGCCGUCAGCUCUGGAUUUAUAGUGGAUUUCAUAUAUCAGGAAUGCGAGGAUUUGAUUGCAUUUUCUCCGUUGUUGUUUUUUUUAUUUUUUAUUUGCGGGGUUGGAAACUUGAGCGCUCGCGCACAGCUACGUAAAUUGAUGUCAGUGUAGCCGUUAGCUCCUAAAACACCGGUGUCCUAAUUAGCCAAAAACAAACUUGAUAAUUGCCUGUUUGGUAUUUUGUAUUUAUUCGGUGUAGACAUUAGGGGUUAGUGCACUGCUUGGAUUUAGUUCAGAUAGCGGUGGCUUUAAUUAAUUUUUUUUUUUUUGCACUUGCUCAGUCGACUCGAAGACUAUAUAAAUAACUUGGCUGGCUUUUUUUAAGACGAGAUAGCUAGCUCGUGCGUGGUCUCUGUAGCAGACUGGCUCGCGCUGCUUUUAUGCCCUGCAGUUCACAUGGCUUCGAAAACGCUGAGGUAACAAAAGUAAGAUGCUAGUUAGCAGAGCUGUCCAUUUCUUUUGGCUUUUCGGCGUUGAGUAGCAGUCGAGCCUCUUUAAUCCAAGCAGAUACAAGGUGGCUAAUGAAUGAAAGCUGGGCGAACUCGAAGGGCAUAAAGUCUGUCCUGUUCGCGGCUGUGAGGCCAUGUCAUUUCCAGCAGCAUGCAUGUUAAUGGCAGCAGCAGCAGCAGCAGUAGUAGUGGCGGCGAUGCCCUCAUGCCCAGCCCCUCAUGCCGCCUCCUGCCCGCGUUCACUCUGGGUAUCGCGGCGGCCGCGGUGCUCUUUCAGUCCGGCUACGGAGGACUCACUGUAACCUCGUUUUUCCUCAAGCUCUUCAUUUACGUCUCCUUCGUCCUGUUCUGCUUCCUGCUGGGCAGUUUGGGCUCGAUUGUCAAGAAGAGUCCUCCAAAGAUCAUCCCAUUUGAUCUUUUCAAGAGGGAGUCGCACAAGCUGCAGGAUUUAUUCAACAAAUUAAUGGGGCGGUUUACAGUACCACUUCUAGACUCAGCACAGACCAGACGAGUAGUGGUGUCGCACAAUGUGGACAAAGCCCUAAAAGAGGUGUUUGACUACAGCUAUAGAGACUACAUCCUGUCAUGGUAUGUGCCUCUGAGCAGAGAUGAAGGCCAGCUGUAUCAGAUGCUGUCUGAAGAUUUCUGGGAAAUGAUAAAACAGCUGAGGACUCGCUUUUCUGAAGUGGAUGUGGUCAAUGUCGUUUGUAACAACAUGGUUAAGAGCCUCCAUGCCCAUUUCUGUGACCUCAAGGCCUCUAACACCAGGCAGGAAGAGUUACCCAGGGCCUUCCCGCUUCAUCCUUGUCUGUGCAGUCCCAAGGAGGAGAUGCGUUUCCUGCGCUGCUGUUCACGUCUACUCGUUCUUUGCUUGCUGCCUUUGCGUGACUCUCGCUCCCGCAGUCUCCGGCUCGUCCUGGUUGAGGUUAUCGCUACUAAAGUGUUGAAGCCAUUGGUGGAGGUGCUAAGCGAUCCAGACUACAUUAACCAGAUGCUGUUGGCUCAGCUAGAACAUCGGGAGCAAGUGAACGAGCACCAUAAGAAAGCGUACACGUAUGCGCCAUCCUACGAAGAUUUCAUCAAACUCAUCAGUAGUAGCUCUGACAUUGACUUCCUCAAACAGCUCAGGUAUCAGAUAGUUGUGGAGAUUAUUCAGGCCACCACUAUCAGCAGCAUUCCCCAGCUCAAGAAGCAGAAAGACAGUAAAGGGAAGGAGACGGCUGCCAUGAAAGCGGACUUGCUUCGAGCUAGGAAUAUGAAGCGCUAUAUUAACCAGCUCACGGUGGCUAAGAAGCAGUGUGAAAAGAGGAUCCGGUUGCUGGGGGGUCCAAACUAUGAGCAGCAGGAAGACGGGAACCAAGAUGAAGGAGACGGGCCUCAGAGCCAGAAGAUUCUUCAGUUUGAGGAGAUCAUGUCUAACGCUGUGUUCCGGGAGCAUUUCCGUGUUUAUAUGGAGCGUGUGGAUAAGAGAGCCCUCAUCAGUUUUUGGGAGUUGGUGGAAAUGCUCAAAAGUGCUAACAAGAGUGAGGUGCCACAGCUGGUAGGUGAAAUCUACCAGAACUACUUUGUAGAGAGUCGGGAGAUCCCAGUGGAGAAAGCUCUGUAUAAGGAGAUCCAGCAGACUCUGGUGGGGAACAAAGGCACAGAUGUCUUUCACAAGAUCCAGAGCGACGUCUAUGAGACAAUGAAGGAGCGAUAUUACCCAUCAUUCCUUGUGAGCGAUUUGUAUGAGCGUCUUAUUAAGCGGGAGGAGCAAAGAAGCAGCUCCCAAUCCAGCAGUGAGGAAAAAGAUGAUGGCUGUCAGACCAUGGAGGGGGGAGAGGUGACACUAGACGAGGGCAGUAAAGGUAUAAACGAGCAGGCCAGCUACGCUGCUAACAAACUCCAGCAACUCUACGAAAGACUGGAGUACAAACGCCAAGCACUGGGCUCUAUACAGAAUGCACCCAGACCUGACAAAAAGAUUGUGUCGCUCCUGAAAGAGGAGAUUGGGGUGAUGGAGAAGGAGCACAGUGACCUGCAGCUGCAUAUCUCACGCACAGACUGGUGGUGUGAGAAUCUGGGCACAUGGAGAGCUGUUAUUAACACAGCUGAGGCUUGCGAGGAGAACGGCGAGCAAAUGCCGUGUUAUUCGGUAGCAGUGAGUCUGUUGGAAGGAGAGGACUCGGAAAACAGCAGCUGGUGCGUCACGAGAAAGCUGAGCGAGUUUCAGGCCCUACACAGGAAGCUGACCGAGUGCUUUCCCUCUUUGAAGAAGGUCCAGCUGCCCUCCCUCAGUAAACUGCCAUUCAAGUCCAUUGACCAAAAAUUCCUUGAGAAAUCCAAAAACCAACUGAACACAUUUUUGCAGAAAAUGCUGACAGAUGAGCGGAUGUGCCAGAGUGAAGCUCUGUACGCAUUCCUCAGCCCUUCACCAGAGCACCUUAAGGUCAUCGACGUCCAGAAAAAAUCCACUUUCUCCCUUGCCUCAUUUCUGGAGAGACUGCCAGGAGACCUUUUCUCCCAUCAAGAGGAUGAGGCAGAGGAUGACAGCGAUCUCUCCGACUACGGCGAUGAGGCGGACGGGAAGAAAGAUGUCCUUGCCGAGCCCUUCUUCAUGCUCAUCGGAGAGGUGUUUGAACUCAGGGGCAUGUUCAAGUGGGUUCGGAAGACACUAAUUGCACUAGUUCAAGUCACUUUUGGAAGGACAAUAAACAAGCAGAUCAGAGACACAGUAAACUGGAUCUUCAGCGAGCAGAUGAUGGUUUACUACAUUAAUAUUUUCCGAGACACGUUCUGGCCUAAUGGGAAACUGGCACCCCAUAACAAAGCUCGCUCAGAUGCGGAACGCCGUGAGACCAAGGAGAGAGCGCAGCAGAAACUGCUGGACAACAUCCCUGAUGCACUACAGAAUCUUGUGGGCCAGCAGAACGCUCGUUACGGGAUCAUUAAGAUCUUCAAUGCACUUCAGGAAUCCAGUGCCAACAAGCAUCUUCUUUAUAUUCUACUGGAGAUGUUUCUCAAAGAACUCUGCCCUGAGCUGAAUGAAGAGAUGGAACACAUCUGAUCUCGCAAACGGUCACCUGUUGAAAGGAAGCUUCACCUUGACUCCACUUUUUUUUUUUCUUUACUUGAACACGCUGGAAGGAAGUUUUAUUUAUGAAUCACUUUGAGAAAAUGCUUGACUUGGUGGUGUCAUACUACAGGACUUGAUGGACAUCAUUGUUUUUUUUUUUUGUUUUUUUUUUUUUU